CUCACCCCAACUCUUCCCAGUUCCUCAUGGCCACCUCUGUCUCCAAUGCGGUUUGCUCUCUCUACCCUCACACAACAAUCAAUGAACCCAGAAAAACCCACCACCCCAAACUCUCCGGCACCACUUUCCGGGCAACACCCAUCAAUCUUCUCUUCUCCGGCGACCGGUUUCAUCCCCACCCAUUGAUGGCUCCAAGUGUUAAAGACACAGCGAUGGCUGGAAAUGCUGAAGGGAAGCCAAGGUUUAAGUGGGUUGAGAUUGGGUCUGAUAUUACAGAAGCCCAGCAAGAAGCUAUAGAUGAACUCCCUCUUAAGAUGAACAACCGUUGCCAGGCUUUGAUGAAGCAGAUCAUCUGCUUUUCUAAUGAGAAAGGGAGUCUUUGUGAGGUGUUGGAGGCUUGGGUUAGGAUAAUGAAGCCUAGAAGAGCUGACUGGCUUGCUGUUCUUAAAGAGUUGAAGAUUAAAGAUCACCCACUUUAUCUGCAGGUGGCAGAAAUUGCUGUACUGGAUGAAACUUUUGAACCCAAUGCGCGUGACUAUACUAAAAUAAUCCAUGGUUAUGGGAAGCAAAAUCAAAUUCAGGAGGCUGAAAACGCCCUUGGAAAAAUGAAGUCUAGAGGCUUCGCUUGUGAUCAGGUAACUCUAACUGCCAUGAUUGAUAUGUAUAGCAAAGCUGGACAUCUUAAGCUGGCUGCAGAUACUUAUGAAGAAAUUAAACUCCUUGGAGAGCAAUUAGAUAAAAGAUCGUAUGGCUCAAUGAUCAUGGCCUAUAUCAGAGCUGGAAUGCCUGAGCAGGGAGAAAAAUUACUGCUAGAAAUGGAUGCCCAAGAAAUUUAUGCUGGAAGUGAAGUUUACAAGGCAUUGUUAAGAGCAUACUCCAUGGUUGGUGAUACUGAAGGAGCUCAAAGGGUGUUCGAUGCGGUUCAGCUAGCUGGUAUUUCUCCAGAUGCUAAGAUAUGUGGACUUCUCAUAAAUGCCUACGGUAUAUCAGGUCAAAGUCAAAAGGCACGUGCUGUGUUUGAAAAUAUGAGGAAGGCUGGUCUUAAACCCAGUGAUAAAUGUAUAGCUCUAAUGUUGGCUGCUUACGAGAAGGAGAAUAAGCUUCAAAUGGCAUUAAACUAUCUAAUGGGAUUGGAGAGAGAAGGUAUUGUUGUUGGGAAAGAAGCUGCAGAAACACUAGCUGGAUGGUUUAGAAAACUAGGAGUUGUGGAAGAGGUGGAUAUGGUCUUGAGAGAAUUUGCAGCAACAGAAGCCAAUUCUGAAAUUCCCGCUUCAUAGUUUCUGUCUCCAAGUUUUAGUUUCUGCAUCCGCAUUACUGAUGUCAACCCUGGUUGUGAUGAACACACAAGUGGUAAGUGUAAAUUUUCCUCAAAAUCCAUUUUAUUGUUAAUUCGAAGGACUGAUCAGAUAUAUCAUAGUAUACUUUCCUGCCAAAAGGAUUCUAUGUUCUACAAAAAUGGUAGAUGGUCUGUUAUUCAUAGCGACUUCAGAGGUUUGAUAUGUGGCCUCAUUUGUGUGAGGAUGCAGCAUAGAGCAAAAAGAACAGAGUAAACAACUCUGCACUUUGAGCUUAGCUUUCCGCUGCUGUCUUGCUAAGGACUAUAUAUGUGAUUGUUCUUUUGAGCUUGCUGUUUAUGUUCUUUAUGGCUAUUGUUGUGUCCUUAAUUAAAAAUUGGGUUCUUGGCUGGUCUGUAAGGCAAGCUGGAUAUAGAUGGCGAAAGUUUCAAAUUUCCAAUCCAUGUAUUGAUAGCUUUGGCCUCUUCUGAUACACCAAAAAGCUUAAAUUGUGUGCAUUUACUAUGUAGUUUCAUUGUCUAUUUGGUGCAUGGUAGGUAUUAGGUAAUGGUAUGAACUGGCAUGCUCAGGCCUGGGAAUCAAUGUUUAUAUUUUAUUUUUAUGUUAUUUAUAUAAAAAAAUUCAUCAUUGUAAGUCCAUUAUCUGCUUCCAUUGCUGUGCAUCUUUCAAUCCGUUUUGUUUUCUCAAACUAUUGGAUCACUGACCCUUAAAAUAUUGCUUGCUUUGACAUGUAAAGACUUGUUUGCAACAAGGGCUACUAAUU